AUGGCCGGCGUCCACUCCCGCCUCUUGGCCACCUUCCUCCUCCUCCUCUCCUUUGGCCUCCCCCUCCUCACCGCCGCCGCCUCCUCCGCCGGCUGCGGCAAAGGCCCAACCCUCCGCAACGGCCAAACAGUCAACACCAACGUCAACGGCAAAUCCCGACAAUACACCCUCCGCCUCCCCGACAACUACAACCAAUCCAACCCGUACCGGCUGAUCUUCCUCUGGCACCAGCUCGGCGGCUCCGCGCAAAAGAUCAUCCAGGGCGAAAACCCGAACCAGGGCGGCGUCUUGCCAUACUACGGCUUGCCGCCCUUGGACACCAACAAGUCCGCCAUCUACGUCGUCCCGCAGGGGUUGAAUGCCGGCUGGGGAAACCAGAACGGCGAGGACGUCACCUUCUUUGAUAGCAUGCUGCAGAGCGUCAGCGAUGGUCUCUGCAUUGAUACCAACCUCGUCUUCAGCACGGGAUUCUCCUACGGCGGCGCAAUGAGUUACUCGCUCGCUUGCUCAAGGCCGAACAAAAUCCGCGCUGUGGCCGUUUUAUCGGGUAGUUUGCUGAGCGGCUGCGCGGGCGGGAAUGAUCCCGUGGCGUACUACGCGCAGCAUGGGACGAGCGACUCGGUGCUUAAUGUGUCAGGAGGAAGACAGCUGAGGGAUCGGUUCGUGAGGAAUAAUGGCUGCAGGGCGGUCAGCGAGCCGAACCCCGGCCAGGGAGGAAAGUCGACUAGGGUUGAUUAUCAGGGCUGUCAGCAGGGCAAGGAGGUUGUGUGGGUUAUUCAUGGUGGUGAUCAUAAUCCUAGCCAGACGGAUCCGGGAUCGAACACGCCAUUUGCGCCGAGGAACACUUGGGAGUUCUUUAGCAGGUUCAACUGA